AUGGGUGCUGGUGUGAUUAUAAGAGAUGCAGCAGGGGAUGUUCUAGUGUCUCUUUGUCUGAAAAAAAUACAUGUUAAUUCUUCUGUGGUUGCUGAAACAGAAGCUUUGUGGAGAGCUUUGAAGCUGUGCUCAAAACUCAACAUUGGGGAGGCUAUGUUUGAAGGGGAUGCUCUGGAGGUUGUUAAGGCUGUAAAUUGUGCAGAUGAAAACUGGGAGUGGAAUGGUCAAGUGAUAGCAGACUGCAGAGAACUGUUAGUACAUAGACCUAUGUGGUCAAUUACACACACGUAUAGAGAAGCAAACAAGAUAGCACAUUUUUUAGCAAAUUAUGCAUACAAUGUAAAUGAGGAGGUAGUAUGGAUAGAAGAUGGUCCAGAGGGCCUUUUCAGUCUUAUACUCCAGGACAAGAUUGUAUUGUCAACUUUUGAUGAAUAG